GAGUCGCGUUUUAAUACACAAAGCACAAAUGUAAGCCAUCAGUUACUCUUUAAAAUAAACUAUCUUCAUCAACGACGGAACAUGUACGCACAGACCAGUACAGAAAUGAAUUUAGUUUUUUGUACACAAAGAAUGAAAAUAUAUAUAUGGUAAUAGUGUCUGAGCAAUUAGUCAUUCAAAUGUUUCCAAGAAUUAAGUGCAUUGCUAUUCAACAAUCGUGAGUACCGAACUGAUGAACAACCUCGGCUUGUUUUUUUUUUAUGGCAAUUCAGAUAAACGGAUGACACGUGUCCCCACUCACAUAAAAUUCAGUGAAUCAGUGGGGGAUAAUGAGAGUUUUGUUGCACGCAGCAUGAUUGUGAAAGACGAGAAAUACAUAGCCUUAAAACACUUAAGUUGGAAAACAUGAAGGCGACCAUUUGGAAGCCCGAGCGGCACACGAGAGAGAGGCCGGGAGUAAAAUUUAUCCUAAGAACAGGAUUUGAGGAUGUGGCCCGGAUUAAUUUGUCACGGGACAAAGAUCAAUGGUGGGUCUUAUAAACACAAAAUUAAACCUUCCAUUUCAUUAAAAGUGGGAUAUUUCUUACCUAACUGAAGAGAGAGAGAGAAGAUCUGAAGAAGGUUUGUGUCCAACGCAGACAGUAUUAUCAUUCCUACAGCUUUGCAAGCAUAUCUCCUUUUUUAAAUAUUGUAACACAUUAUAUAACAACAGAAUUUAAUAUUCAUACACAAAUGCACAUGUAUGCCAAAUUAACCAUUUCUUAAAGGAAUACAAACAUCUCGAUGAAUAAUCAGUACAGUAAAGAUCAAAAGUAUAAAUUGGCUUCCUUCACAUAGAACGGGUAGAAAAUAAGAAUUACAGCAAAAGUGUUUAAAAGUGGCAAUGCUAAAAUAGGUUUAAAAUGUCGAACAAUUUAGAAUAAACACACAUUACCUAACGAACACUUUGAUAACAGCUGCAUGAGAAGUCUGAUACACAAACUGAAAUGCAAUGAUCGCUAUAGAUGUUACAUUACGUUUAAUGUGAGAUAAAAUGGACGCAUACAGAUUAUCCGAUAUGGCUGGAGUAAUAAAUAUACCACUUAAAAUUAAGAGCUCGUUUUGAAAUACGCAGAUUCACAUGAUCACCAUGAAAACUCAGUGUAAAAACGAAUUUCAUAUAAAACUCUCUCCAUACACAAUUCCACAUUCUGUAACUGCCACAGAACAUGCUGGAAUAUUUCAAAGUUCAGACGCUGAGGUGAAUGUCUAACCGUCUGUGUUAAGAUUACAUUUAAUCUUGAAAUAUCCCAAAAGAUAAGUGCAAUAAUAAGACCAUAAUGCACCGCUAACACUUAAAAUAUUUAACUGAUAUCUUGUUUUUACUCUAAUACCUCUCAGGCCAUAACGAUAGUAGGUCCACGGAAGGUUUAGUACGAGUAUUUUGUUCUCUUCUGCAAGUUGAUUAUUACACAAAGCUCUGGGUUGUUCACAGUAUCUGUACUCCAUAAUGGUGGUACCUACAGUCAGAUUCAACAAUGGACGUGACUUUCCAGUAAUAGGUGUCGGCACAUUUCAGGCAGGAAAACCAGGGGAAGUGGUGGCUGUGCUGAAGGACGCAAUUGAUGUCGGUUUCCGUCACAUUGAUGGAGCCAUGUAUUAUGAAAACGAGGCAGAAGUUGGAUCAGCGAUCAGGGAUAAGAUUAACGAGGGUUUAAUCAAGAGAGAAGAUCUAUUUGUUACCAGCAAGCUGUGGAACAACUUCCAUCGUCCCGACCUAGUGGUGUCAACGUGUAAGAAAUCACUCUCAGAUCUUGGACUGGACUACGUGGAUCUUUAUCUCAUUCACUGGCCUUUCGCAGUGAAGGAAGGAGAUAUCUUCGACCCCGUGGAUGAAGAAGGCAAGCUCAUACCCAACGAUGUGGACUAUGUGGACACGUGGAAGGCGAUGGAAGAGUGCGUGAAGCUGGGUCUUGCUAAGAGCAUCGGCUUAUCUAACUUCAACAGUCAGCAGAUUCAGCGUGUGUUAGACGUCGCUACUAUCAAACCUGUUGUCAACCAGGUAGAAUGUCACCCGUAUCUAAAUCAGUCCAAGCUACUAGACUUCUGCAAAGAGAGAGGAAUUUUGUUAACUGCCUACAGUCCUCUAGGAAGUCCCGGAAUCUUGGCGAAACCUGACACUCCUGCGCCUCUGAAAGAUCCCAGGAUCGCAGAGGUCGCCAAGAAACAUGGUAAAACUGUUGCUCAGACAAUUCUCCGAUAUAUGAUCCAACACGGCGUUGUUCCUAUACCAAAGUCUUCCAACAAGCAGCGUUUAGAAGAAAAUUUCAAUAUAUUUGGCUUUAAGCUGACGCCAGAGGAAGUGGCUUAUAUCGACUCCGUCAACAAGAACUUCCGGAUUUUUCUGUUCGAUAAGGCAUCUAAUCACAAGGACUAUCCCUUCAACAUUGAAUUCUGAAGAAGAAACCAGCGUCAUCACAUCAAUGGAAUAAACCUAAUACAGUUUGAUGCUUUAUUAACUUAACUAGACCAUAUUAUUAAACUGACACAUAUUCUUGGAACUUUUCCUUCGUCCCUUUUCUUUGGGGAAGGAGGGAUAAAACACAACGUUUCGUAAUUUGCUCUAUUUCCGUCAUCAAGUAAAAGCCUAAAACCACCUUCAGACUAAUCAAACCGUAAUACUGACCUUGGUUUACUUGUCUUCUUUUCUUACGCAACCUUGGAGGAUUUGUU